AAAACCACGUGACCAUAUAGACUGCGCGAGCAUAGCUAUUCAUUAUAAUACCUUGCAGCACGAGUGGCCAGCAUAAAUAACUCGUAACUAAUUUACUAUCCAGCUAGUCUUGGCUCUCGUAGGAAGUACAGACUACAAAGCGUGAAAUGAGUGAUUCCAAACAAAACGGUUACUCCUCUGAAGGAGAAUCGAUGUCAUGGAAACAACAGGAAGCGGAAGCUCUCUCCUCAGAUGGUUCCGCGACAACAGCAAGUGAUGGACCGAAGCUGAAACGGCGGGAAGUGUGGGCAAACAAACUGGACUUCCUGUUGGCCUGCAUUGGCUUCUCGGUCGGUCUAGGAAAUGUGUGGAGGUUUCCAUUUCUGUGUUACAGAAAUGGCGGGGGUGCUUUUUUAAUUCCGUACUUCACGGCUGUUUUCCUUGGUGGUAUACCAGUAUUCUUUCUAGAAGUGUCCUUGGGACAGUACAUGUCUGAGGGUGGUAUUGGUACAUGGAAAAUAACACCCUUAUUUCAAGGAAUAGGCUACGCGUGCACUAUAAUUGUGUUCCUGCUUAACUGCGAGUACAACAUUAUUCUGACAUGGACCUUUUACUACCUAUUCGCCUCUUUCAAUUCUGUGUUGCCUUGGUCUCAUGGCGACAAUGAUUGGAACUCAGAGUUGUGUCGACUUGCCACAAAGAAUAUGACUGCCACCAACGCUACCAGUCUUAUUUCAAUGGUCAAUAAUACACUAACAACAGUAGCGUAUUCAAUUGCCAAUAGCACCACCACAAGCGAACCCAUCAAGUGUGAUCCUGUCACCGAAUUCUGGGAGAGAAAAGUGCUGCAACUAUCCAGCGGUGUGGACCACGCUGGGACCGUCAAGUGGGAUCUGGCCCUCUGCCUUCUCUUAUCAUGGAUAGUCGUCUAUGGCUGCAUAUGGAAGGGCAUUAAAUCCUCGGGAAAGGUCAUGUACUUUACAGCCACAAGCCCUUACUUAUUGAUGUUGAUACUUCUUAUUCGCGGGGUAACACUUGAUGGGGCUGCAGAGGGCUUGAAGUUUUAUUUGCUUCCUGAUUGGUCGAAAUUGGCUGAACCACAGGUGUGGGUUGAUGCAGGAACACAGAUAUUCUUCUCCUACUCGAUCAGUUUAGGAACUCUGACUGCCCUUGGAAGUUAUAACAAAUUCAGACAUAACAGUUACAGAGACACUUGGAUUUUUGCGGGAGUCAAUAGCUUUACUAGUAUACUGGCAGGGCUUGUAAUUUUCUCCGUCCUGGGAUUCAUGGCCAAAGAACAAGGUGUUUCCGUGAAAGACGUAGCUGAGUCAGGUCCAGGACUAGCAUUUAUCGCAUACCCAACUGCUGUAGCUCAGAUGCCGGUUGCUCCCCUUUGGUCCAUUUUGUUUUUCAUAAUGAUCAUUUUAUUGGGACUUGAUAGUCAGUUUGUUGGCGUUGAGGGUUUCGUUACUGCAUGUGUAGAUAUGUAUCCCCUCUAUUUACGCCGAGGAAAGCGGCGGGAAAUUUUCACCUUAAUCAUCUGUAUUAUCUGUUUCCUCAUCGGACUCUCAAUGGUCACUGAGGGCGGAAUGUAUGUAUUUCAGUUAUUCGACUACUACUCGGCCAGCAGAAUUGUUCUCGUUGUUGCCUUCUUCGAGUGCAUCGUGGUAGCUUACAUAUACGGUAUUAAUCGUUACUAUGACAACCUAGAAAUGAUGUUCGGAUUCCGCAUCUCCUUUGUAAUGAAAUAUGCCUGGCUUUUUGUUACUCCCGUGUUCACAUUAACGAUCUUUAUAAUGGGGGCUAUCAGCUACUCAGAACUUACGUAUAAAAGGAAAACCGUAGAGUACCAGUAUCCGUCCUGGGCCAUUAGCGUCGGUUGGACGUUAGCGAUGGUUUCUGUUGUAUGGAUACCUAUUAUUUUUAUUAAAAGAGUGAUUGAUGGCAAAGGAUCACUUGCUCAGCGGUUAAUGCUUACAACUCGGCCAAUUUUGAGAAGACAUCAACUGCGUCAAGGUGAAGACCUUAGUAAAAUCCACCUAGAUGAGAGCGACUUUGCAGUGCCCGGGGCACCUGCUGUUGAGGACGAUUGUUCUCGUGAUGAACCUUUGCUGGCUAAUAGUGUUGAAUUACAGAAGCUGCAAAAUCAACAAAAUGGGGAAAACAAUGUUUAGUGUUGUUACACAUGUUCAGCUUUUAACAAACUUCAAUGCAAAUUUGUUCACUGUUUACAAAUGAUCAUGUUCACGAAUUGUUUCUCAUUUCAAAGAAGUCAGGAACUAAAAAUAUUUGGCAGCAUGCAGUGAGAUCGUACGAAGUACCCAGCGCCAGCUAAGUCUGGUCGCGGUAUGGUACCGUUUAAACCACAGAACUGCAAAAAAAAACAAUAUUCUGCUAGAUUUUCCGUGAAACUUCCUUGGGAACUCGCUGAAUUGUUCCGUACUUGUUAUAUUGAUCUCGGAAAGCAAAGCGUCAUUUGUUGUAUUAAUAUAUUGUAAAUAUUGUUUUUAAAGUAACUUACCUAAGAAAAGAAUUCAGUUACCACUUGAACUCGUGGUUGUUUUUUUAUUAAAGUACUGACAACGAUUUUUUAUUUUUAAAUCUCAACCUGAAUUGGUAUAAAACGAUUUAUCUAUGAACUGAUGAUAUGAUUAUUUUUAUUUAUCUUUGAGUACCCAUAUUAUUGUCAAUAAUUGGUUCUAGUUUUAUUUCUUAUUAAGUUCUUGCUUUGAUUUUGAUUUUAUACAAUUUUAACAAGAUAUGAGUUUUUUAACAUUUUUCAUAUUUAAUAAACUAAGCUUUGUAGGGCAUUCCAUAAAUGUUAUGUUUUAUUGAUUAUAUCUCUUUAGAAUCGUGAAACAUUUCGACCUUUGAUAUACAAUGUAGUUCCAGUGGUGUAACACUUAUCUCCAAAUAAAAGUUAAAUGUUUUA